AUGUCUGAUGAUGAGGAAGACCGUUACUUGUAUGGCAAAGAAGAGACUCCAAAAACCGUUUUCUCUAGUGAAGCAGGUAGGGAUACUCCAGAUCUUGGGAAGGACCAGGAGAUGCAAGAUGUAUCGAAAGAUGUAGCAGAUGAGAGUGAAGAAGAUGAAUAUGAGAGCGAUUCUGACAUUGAGUUUGUGAUAGAAACAAAGCCUGGACAGAGGGCAGAGCCACUUAGUCGUCCAGCUCCGUAUAGUGGUGUUAGAGUUUCUGCACCAAUAAAAGGUGCAGACAAAGUACAUUUGUCUACACAGAAGACUGAGCCAUCGGCACCAAAGCCUUCGGGGGUGGAUGUGUAUCAUGUUGCAGAAUGGAAUGGUAAAUCAUUGUUUCAGUUGGAUAUGGAUUCUAUAGAAGAUAAGCCAUGGAAUAAGCCUGGAGCCGAUAUUACAGAUUACUUUAAUUAUGGAUUUGAUGAAUUUACUUGGAUGGCGUAUUGUGCAAAACAGAUAGGGAUUCGUGAAGAGUUUGCUCCCCAGAAAUUUAUGCAAAUGAUGGGGCAGAUGUCUGGAGCAGAUAUUAUGUCAAUGGCUCCCAACAUGCAAGUUAUGAUGGCAGCAGGUGGGUUUCCAGGGAUGCAAGGUAUCUCAGGAAUGCACCCUGAUAUGAUGCCUAUGAUGGGAAUGGGGAUGUCUGAUAUGAGUGGUUUUGUUAUGAAUAUGGGUCAAAUGGGUCAGAUGGGAUUUCAACAAUUUCCUCCGGGGUUGAAUACGAUGAUGUCAGAUUCUCAGUCAGGACAGUCCGUUCAAGGAAAACAAAUGCCAUACAUGCAUACUCCGUACAAUAUGCAAUCUUAUGGAGGAUAUAAUCAAAUGCAGUCUCAAUAUAAUCUACAAAUGCAAGGAUCUAAACCAACUCCUUCUGGACCAAAGGCACAUAAUGUUGAUGGUGUUAAAGCUUUAUCAAAUGAGCGAACUGCAUCUCCUGGGAAUCAUAAACAGGAACUUGUUUCUGGGUCAUCAAAAGACUCACAUGAAACUACUGAGCAUAUUUCUAGCAAUUCUCAAAGCCGAAGCUCUGGAAGGUCUAGUGUACAACAUCGAAGUAAAUCAUCAUCUAGUAGUGGAAAAUCCCGUUCGAAUCAUUAA